AUGGGAUUAUUCUCAUGGUUUUCGCGGUCCAAGUCGACCGACUAUGAGACAGUUCUGGCCCAACUCGCGACUGAGAUCAACGAGGCCAAGCAGAACCUCUCGGAGAUUCGCCUGCGGCAGCGCCGCUUCACCCUCGCCCUUAACGCGUAUGGCGUUGGAUUGUGGGCCGUCAUCCUAGGCCUGUGGUACUGGGGCAGAUUGCCUUGGGGCCUGGUCGGGUGGGAUGCUGAAGGUACUGAGGCGCGGGUUGCAGGUGGACUCGCGGUCGGCGUUGCACCGGUUGUAAUUUGGCUGCUCAACCGUGCCCUCUCAUGGGUCUUUAUCCGCAAGCGUACCUCUGAAGAGACGCACCUCCGUCUCCUGCUCAGCAAGCAGCGGAACCAGGUCGAGGAGAUCAAGAAGGCGACGAACUUUGAUACGACACGUAAGCUCAUCGAGCAGUACGAGGACUCGCCAAUGGGCACGCCACAGCGUACCCCCCAGCGCGGUCCGCAGACUCCGCAGCAGUCGAGCCAGCCGGGAACCCCGCGCACGCCGCAGGGACAGGUCUCGCCCGCACAACCAGCCCGGCCCCAAACUCCUGUUCCCAUUCCACCCGGUCUCACGCCUGAACAGGCUGCGGUCCUCCAGAUGCAGAUGCAGGCGAUUACGCCUGUGCUUCCGACGCCCGAGAAGAAGUGGUAUGACCGACUGGCUGACACGAUUCUCGGUGACGACCCCGCACAGGCCGCGCAGAGCAAGUAUGCGCUUGUGUGCGACAAGUGUUUCAGGCACAAUGGGCUUAUUGGGUCGAAGCAGGAGUGGGAGCGGAUGCAAUGGAUUUGCCCGCGAUGCAACCACCUCAACCGUGCCCCACUGUCGCGCAUGGCAGCUGAGGACGACGCGACGCCGCCUCCUCCGCCGCAGCUGUCGCUCCCAGAAACGCCGAGCAAGCCAGCCAAGCAGCGUGCUGCGCCGACCGCUUCGCCCCUUCGCCGCGCAGUGGGCGAGCGGAGCGCACGCUCGUCGCGGCUCGGACAGGCGGUGUUCUCAGCGAGCGACGCGGACGACGACAGCGAUGAGGGGUACGAGGCCAAGGCCGAUGCGAUGGAGGUGGACAAGUAG